CGUGUAAGACGAGUGGGUCUAGGUGAUGUCGUAGAAGAAAGCUGAGGAAGGCUUUUUAUUUCUCUUGGCUGCUUGUUAUCCAGAAAUAGUCUCGGAUGUCAGCGGAAGCAUCAUUUCACUCCAGAAGGAGACGGCGAACUUAUUCGGAAGAAGAGUCGCCACUUUCAGGAUGGAAGCUUGGAGUUGUUAUCGGAGUAAUAAUUAUGUGUUUUGCAAUGCUUUAUCCGAGUAUGCUUCAUCCACUAAUAUCUUCAUUUUUCCGGACUCCACCUGCACGCAAAACAGUAACAAAUCGACCACCGAUUCAUCCGGCGAUGAGUUCGCCACGAUCUCGUCCUGACUUGCAUCCAGGCAUGCGAAUGGCAGCAAGUCAACCGGAGAUGACUACACCACCUUCCUCAUCCAAAGGAAUGUUUGCGUGGAUGCUUCCAAUUUAUACAGUUGGUGUCGUCGCAUUCCUUAUUUAUACCCUAGUUAAGUCAAAAAAGAAACGACGAAUUAAGCGGCAUGAUUAUUCAUCGACGGAAAGUGAAUCAGACGAAGACUAUAAUCGAAAUGAUGGACGUACUGGCGGCAUUGGUAAACGAAAACUGAAGGGGCUUCAGGAACGUUUAAGGCAAACUGAAAUGGCAAUGGAAAAGAUCUUAGAACAGCUGAACACAAUUUCUGCUGAGGCAACUGGCGGAACGAAGCAAAAUUUGUCAAAGGAAACAAAAAAUAAGGAAUCACUAAAGCAGUGUCCUGACCAACAGGAUGGAAAAACAGAGCAAUAUUUGCGGGACCUUGAAGAGGCAUUACGCGAUUUCAAGGAGCUGUCCAAAAAAUACGGAAAAGAUGAUGAGACUAACACCAGUGACACUGAUGGUAUAUAUGAUGAGACCGCCAUGGAUACAAAUGAGCAGUGCAAGCUUCAGGAACCCAGUUCUGCCGAUGAACAUCUAAGAAGGCGUAGAGAAAGCUAAGAAUCUGAUUCCCAAAUACUUCCAUGACUGUGGACCCAGUUUGCAGAAAGAAAUGGUUUACAUAAAUUAAACGUCCGUACAAAUCCACUAUAUGAAAGGUUCAGAUCCAUUAUUUCCUUUACUGUUGUUGAAGGUACGAGACAGUCGAUGUUUCACCUUACAUAUAAUAUAUGUGUUCCUCAGACUAUCGUAGUAGUUACAGAAGAGUAAUUUUUGGAUCCGUAUCUAUUACACCACUAUUUGGUUCUCAGAAAUAUAACUGAUGUUCUUGAGAAGCUAACACAUAUCGAGUGAAAGUACUCCAGAUCUCCUGCUUUCGGUUACUUUCUUUCAUUCGUUAUCUAUGUAUUGAGAACCAACUGUGAUCGCUUCUUUAUACAUAUUUAUUUUAUGAAACUUCAAAUUGGUUUCAAAAUAUCUUUUUGAAAUGCCGACUGUAUUU